AUGACGACCUUUACAAAGCUCAGCGAGCAGGACGCUCCGGGAAUUUCCAUACACUCGGACCGCCGAAUCUCGAAAAUUAAUCCCAAUAUCUAUGCCGGUUUUGCAGAGCACAUGGGUCGAUGCAUCUACGGGGGCAUUUAUGAUCCUGGUAACCCAUUGUCAGAUGACGACGGGUUCCGGAAGGACGUUCUCGAAGCCCUAAAAGACCUUAAGGUCCCUGUGAUUCGCUACCCUGGUGGUAACUUUACCGCAACCUAUCACUGGACCGAUGGAAUCGGCCCGAGAGAUCAACGCCCCGCAAGGCCGGAACUUGCUUGGCUGGGUACAGAGACCAACCAGUUCGGAACUGAUGAGUUCUUAAAAUGGUGUGAGGUCCUUGGCACCGAGCCCUAUCUUUGCCUGAACAUGGGCACUGGUACCCUUGACGAAGCAUUGGGAUGGGUUGACUACUGUAAUGGUACUCGUGACACUUACUACGCCAACCUCCGACGCAAGAAUGGACGCGAAGAACCCUACAACGUAAAAUACUGGGCCCUCGGUAACGAAGUCUGGGGACCAUGGCAGGUGGAGCAGUCCACCAAGGAAGAAUACGCCCACAAGGCAUACCAAUGGGCCAAAGCCCUAAAGCUCCUCGACCCCUCAAUCGAGUUAAUCCUCUGCGGAAAAGAAGGCCCAACAUCCUGGGACUACUACACCCUUAAGGAGACCAUGCUCCCCGUCCACUCUCCCCUCUCAACAAGUGCAGUUCCCCUCAUCGACAUGCACAGUAUCCACCUGUACACAGCUUCCUCCUCGCAUCUUCCCAACGUCACCGCCCCUCUAGCGGCCGAGCGCGCUAUCGAAAUCACCUCCUCUCUCAUCGAUCUGGCUCGAGUCGAAAACGGCGUGCCUCCCGAGCAACGCCGCCCAACCAUCUGCUUCGACGAGUGGAACGUCUGGGACCCCAUCCGUGCCGAGGGUAGCAAGGGCGCCGAAGAAUCUUACAAUCUCUCGGAUGCCCUAGCUGUGGGUGUCUGGCUGAACGUGUUUGUCCGCAAGAGCAAGGACGUCGGUAUGGCGUGCAUCGCGCAGAGCGUGAAUGUUAUUUCCCCGCUUAUGACUACCAAGGAGGGCAUCAUCAAGCAGACGACCUGGUGGCCGCUAUACUUGUUCUCGAACUACAUGCGUGGCUGGACGAUUAGUGCACAUGUUUCGGUUUCUGCGUAUGAGGGAGAGACGCAUCCCAAGUGGGUGCGGGGUGUUAAGGAUACGCCUUGGCUGGAUGUUAGUGCGACGCUGGGCGAGGACGGGUAUGUUAAUGUUGUUGUAAUCAAUAUCCAUGAGGAGAAGGGCAUCGAGGCCAAGCUUGAUGGUCCUACUGGUGAAGUUGCCGUGUUUACGGUUACGGGCGAGAGUCCCGCUGUGACGAACAUGAAGGGCAAGGAGGAGGUUGGUAUUGUUGAGAGCAAGUGGGAUGCGCAGGGCUCAUAUGUCUUCCCCAAGCACUCUCUGACUCUGCUGAGAUGGAAGGCUUGA